AAGGGCAACGGGGUGAGAUAGAUGGGCUGUAUUUGCGGAGCCGCAGCUGCGCGUCUGUUAAUACCAACACGACCCUGACGUCCCCGCGCAAUUCUCCACACUGGGUUGGCUGCUUCAAGGCAUGAGGAUGCGAGCGGGGAUUUAGUUUCAGUGUCUUUUCUGGUCUGGAACAGUUUAUUACCUUUCUCCCGCACACAGAAACGGAUUUAGCCACACGAAACAAGGUUUGCAGAGAUUAUUCGUUUUUAUAGUGUUUGUUAAAUGCGCUAUUAAAUACAUAUGAUGAUUAACUUAUGUGAUUUUCAUUUACCGUUUAAUUAACCUUUAUAGUCAUACAAUAUGGCUAUUGGAGGGAAAAAAAAUGUAUGCACUCACUAACUGUAAAUCGCUCUGGAUAAGAGCGUCUGCUAAAUGACUAAAAUGUAAAUGUAUUGUUGAUGAAGCUCUUGGGUGGGUGGGGAGCUCAGCUUGGUUUUUGUUGGAGGAUCUCAAUGUUGAGGGACUAUGAACAGGCUGUUGAUGGGUGAUGCGUGCGCGCUCGAUGCAUCUAAACUCUGGGUACAUAGGAUAGCCUACAUAAAUUAAAUGUUUGUCUUUUUCUGGCAUUGCUUUGGUUCGAUAACCAUUUGUUUGGGAAGACAAUUCCGCGCACCAAAACAAUGUACUUUGGUCUUUGAGGAUUUGAGGCUCCUCAUUAAAUCAACUUCCACGACAUUCGCCAGAAUUCCCCCUCACACAUUAUAAUUUCAACUCAUUAAAGUGUGAAUUUAAACGGGGCCAAGUAGGACCUCAAUUCCAUCUUACAAAUUUGAUCGCUCACGAGAGGGAAAACAUUUUAAGAGAAGACUGGCUUUUGGGAUAGAGGUUUCGAGAAUGUGUAGCCUAGUCUAUCAGCUUCGCCACAAUAGACAAGCGCUGCAUUUGUUGGGAAUGUGGCGCUUGAGUUGUUUUCCUUAGUGAGGAUUUCAUAUUCUACUAAUCACGCAUGUGUUGCUUCCAGAAUGAUCUGAAUGAAAUAUUGCUUAAUUCAUCGAAAAGAUGGCUACAAAGCAUAUUUUUUCUCGACAUGUAUUUUGCCUAUGAUAAUGCAUUUACACGUUAUAACGCGGCACAGCUUUCUCAAUAGGCCAGCCUAUCUAUUGUUCGGAAUGCGUCUUGGCUACAACUUGGAAACCAUGUCUGUUGUUGUGGUUGAAUUAACGGGUUGAAUUCCCUUACAUAGGCUAUAGCCCAAACAUUUCGAGAGGAAAAUAUCAGUAAAAACAUUUCGGUAGACGUUUAUUUUAGGCUAGCCUACACAAAAUGGGGCUUGUGGCUUUGUGAAUGACAUUAGCAAUGCAAAUGAGCGUUUGAAAAGCACGGGCACCUGCUUUCUCGACCAAAUGCAUUGGCUUUUUCACCAGUGUGUCGUGAACAACAUUAGCUUGAGCAACAAUAGUGGAAUUAGCGGUUCGCCUUCAAAAUAAAUGUCCCCCAUUGAAACGUAUGGAAACGGAUAAAAAUGGUGGAAUCAUGCCACAAUUGGACUACAUACAUAGCCGCGGGAAGUAGUGGUGCUGAGGGUGCUACAGCAAACCCCUAUAAUUCUAAAUAAUAAUAAAAAUCCACAAAAUUAGUUAACUAGGCCUUUAUAAAUAUUUUACACAAAUAUUAGCGUCCUAGCUCUUAUUGCGGGACUUUGACUAUGGAAAAUCAACUCCCAAGUUAGUUUAUUAUGCGCAAUACGAGCGAAUAUGCUAAUAUGUGUGUAAACUCUACAGAGUUAUGUUCUGUGGGUGUCACUGAGUACGCUGAUACCCCAUUUCAUGGUGCACAAUCCAUAGCUUAGGCUGUAGAGUGCAAUAUGAAUGUCCAAUAUGCACAAUAGACUGACUGAGAAGGUGAUUCUCCACAGUCAUAAGUCCUGCAAUACAAGCUAAGACACUAAUAUUUGAGUAAACUCUGAGAAUUGUGUCCUGUGGGUGUCACUGAGUAUGCUGAUACAUUUUACGGGUGCACAGUUCAUAGCUUUGGCCAGGUUUCCCAAACUUGGUCCUCGGGAACCCAAGGGGUGCACGUUUCAGUUUUUGCCCUAGCACUACACAGCUGAUUCAAAUAAUCAACUAAUCAUCAAGCUUUGACCAUUUGAAUCAGCUGUGUAGCGUUAGGGCAAAAACCUAAAUGUGCACCCCUUGGGUUACCGAGUUUGGGAAACGCUGGGUUAGGCUGUGGAGUGCAAUAUUAAUUUCAAUACGCAUGAUAAAGUAACUGGGGAGGUGAUUUUCCACAGUCAAAGUCCUGCAAUAAUAAUAUGCCAUUUAGCAGACGCUUUUAUCCAAAGCGACUUACAGUCAUGCGUGCAUACAUUUUUUGUGUAUGAGUGGUCCCGGGGAUCGAACCCACUACCUUGGCGUUACAAGCGCCGUGUUCUACCAGCUGAGCUACAGAGGACCACAGCUAAGAUGCUCAUAUUUGUAUAAACUCUACAGAAUUGUGUUCUGGGGUGUCACUGGGUAGGCCGAUACCCAAUUUCAUGGGUACACAAUCCAUAGGUUGUGCAGUGCAUAUAUAUAAGUAUCAGUGGUGGAAAAAGUACUCACACGACGGCAUACACACUACGCUGUCUGCCAUCUGCCCGGUACAGUUGAAACCGGGAUUCAUCCGUGAAGAGGACACUUCUCCAGUGUGCCAGUGGUCAUCGAAGGUGAGCAUUUUCCCACUGAAGUCGGUUACAACGCCGAACUGCAGUCAGGUCAAGAACCUGGUGAGGACGACGAGCAUGCAGAUGAGAUUUCCUGAGACGGUUUCUGACAGUUUGUGCAGAAUUUCUUCGGUUGUGCAAACCCUCAGUUUCAUCAGCUGUCCGGGUGUCUGGUCUCAGACGAUCCCGCAGGUGAAGAAGCCGGAUGUGGAGGUCCUGGGCUGGCAUGGUUACACUUGGUCUGCGGUUGGACAUACUGCCAAAUUCUCUAAAAUGACAUUGGAGGCGGCAUAUGGUAGAGAAUUUAACAUUCAAUUAUCUGGUAACAGCUCUGGUGGACAUUACUGCGGUCAGCAUGCCAAUUGCACGCUCCCUCAAAACUUGUGGCAUUGUGUUGUGUGACAAAACUGCACAUUUUAGAGUGGCCUUUUAUUGUCCCCAGCACAAGCUGCACUUGUGUAAUGAUCAUGCUGUUUAAUCAGCUUCUUGAUAUGCCACACCUGUCAGGUGGAUGGAUUAUAUUGGCAAAGGAGAAAUGCUCACUAACAGGGAUGUAAACAAAUUUGUGUCCAAAAUGUAAGAGAAAUACGUUUUUGUGCGUAUGGAAUAUGUAUUCUAUCUUCUAUUUCAGCUCAUGAAACAUGGGACCAACACUUUACAUUUGCGUUUAUUUUUGUUCAGUAUAUUAAACAAACCAUCCGGCACAAAUGGCUUGUUUUUAUUUUAUUGACGGACAUACAAGGGCACACUCCAACACCCAGACAUAAUUUACAAACACAGUAUUUGUGUUUAGUGAGUGCGCCAGAUCGGAGGCAGUAGGGAUGACAACACGUUAUAUUGAUAGACAUUUACAUUUACGUCAUUUAGCAGACACUCUUAUCCAGAGCGACUUACAGUUAGUGAGUGCAUACAUUUUAUUUUUAUUUUUCAUACCCCCCGUGGGAAUCGAACCCACAACCCUGGCGUUACAAACACCAUGCUCUACCAACUGAGCUACAUUCCUGCCGGCCAUUCCCUCCCCUCCCCUGGACGACGCUGGGCCAAUUGUGCGCCGCCAUGGGUCUCCCGGUCGCGGCCAGGCUACGACAAAGCCUGGAUGGUGUGUGAAUUGGCCCAUAUUGUUGUCCUGCCUGAGCAUUCCAAAUGUAACGAGUACUUUUGGGUGUCAGGGAAAAUAUUUGGGAGUACAAAGUACAUGUUUUCUUUAGGAAUUUAGUGGAGUAAAAGUAAACAUUGUCAAAAAUAUAAAUAGUAAGGUAAAGUACAAAUACCCCAAAACCUACUUAAAGUUUUACUAUGCAGGAAUCGCUCCGCCAUUUCCUGGUUGCUAAAACUCUAAUAGUUCGCCUAAUUUGAGUUUAUGUGACAAAAUAUUGCCACUAAGUAGUACUUCACAAAAUGUUUUACUUAAGUACUUUACACCACUGAUAAGUAGGCAAUGUAGUGCAAUUUCAACAUUUUUUUUUGGGGGGGGGGGAAACUAAUAAUUGUCUUUUGUUGACUUUAUAUAACAACAUUCCCCCACAAAAUAACAUUAUCUAGUCCAAUUGUGGCAAGAUUCCACAAUUGUUUAUUCAUUUGCAUCAGUUUCAAUGGGGGACUUUUAUUUUGAAUGCGAACUGCCGAUGCCUCUAUUGUUGCUCAUGCUAAAGUUGUUCACGACACACUGGUGGCUCCCCACCAUGUUCUAUUUCUCCGCUCUCUCCCUCAUUAGAAUGAUGUUAUAUUUCUGCAGCGCAUGAUUGGAGCUCACAGCUAAACUCAAUCGCAGGGGCUUCUUAAACCCCCUCGCGCUCACUGCUGGUUUAACAUAACAAAGGGUGAAGAGAGUGCUCAGAGGAAAACGGGACAAAAAGGCUAAAGCGCGCGAUUGUCCUUGUGACAGGACAUGCAAGCGAGGUCUCCACUCCCUCCACAGACGCUCCUUUGCACGCAGUAGUAGCCUAACUGGGAAAUCAGAUUAAAACAUCGUGCUCCUUUCUCAAAAUACAAGAACAUUAUUUUACAAUGCAUGUUGCUGUACUCAUUUUAUGUCACAGGGUCCGUUAAAAUAAUCGAAUAUAGUUUACCUCUGGUGUUUUAGAUUGGAGAGAAAAUAGAUUAUUUCAAAUUCUCAACUGGAUGAUUUAGAGAUAACGUAUGAAUCUAUAAAGAUAGCUUAACCAUGGAUGACAUAGCUACGUUACAAAAUAACCCACUGACGACUAGAAAACAAGGUCAGUGCUCCACAGCGCAUAAUGGGAGAUAAAGGGGUUGUUUGUGGGUGCAGUGAAGUCUAUAAUAAGGUGUGUGUGUGUGUGUGUGGGGGGGGGGGGGGGGGGGGGGGGUUAAAGUCUAUAGAAAAUCAUGGCCAGAGAAAAUAGAGCAUUUGUUCGUUUCUGUUUUGCCUAUAACCUUUAAUGUUAUGAUGCAAUUAUAAACAAUUUCCCAGAUAAAAAUGAUCCAGGUGUCUUUUACUUGGGAAGCAGACAUUUUAUGUCUUAAAGCCUAGAAAUGUUAAAAUUAGGUACGCCGUAUGUAGAAGAUAAAGAAAUAUUUAUAAGCUCUUUUUCUUGGUCAUUUUCCAUUAUGGAGAUUUGCUGAAGAUUUUCUAUUUUUCACUCGCCUCUGCUGUCAUUGCAUGUUAUUGUUCGAGCUUACAAUCUAGGAUGUCAGCUUGUUUUUCCUGGAUACUAAAGCCCAGACAUAAACCCUUCAAAUGGUGCUGAAUACUAAACAAAACCAUGGAUCCACUUUUCUAAACAGCAACGCUCUCUAGCAUCUAGGUGACAGGAGUCAGACCCUUGUGACAACAUGAGAAUAUAUGGAGCAUGUUACACCCUGUGUUUAUUUCCCUCUGACUGCUCUGGCUAGUCAUGUCAUUUCCCCAUUCUUCAAAAUGCCCAUCACCUCUCACAUAGCAUUUGUCACGUUACAUUAUGUUGGUUUGUGCUUGGAUGCAUUGGCUUUAAAACUCCCCUUUGAGCAGGCAUUUGCUGUUGCAGAGAUGCAGUGUGUAUUGCGUCUGCUCUGUCUGGAGUACCCUAGACUAAGUAAUGGACUGUCUGUGUUGUUGAUUUAUACAUUGAAUUCCCUUUUCAUUUCAUUUUCCACCAGGUUCGUGGCCCUCAUUCUCACCACGGAAUAUGAUGCAGAGGCCCUCCUCUCCGAAGGGAAGUUGGAUGGGAAUAGUGCCAUACGUGUCAGCUCGUGAUCAAUGAACUCAGUCCAUUCAAGCACAAAAGGAACUAACCUGAACUACUGAAGAAAAACGGGAUAUAACGACACAGACACCUUUUUGCGGAUAUGGCGGCGACAGAUGCCUGUGCAGCGCCUGUACAGGAAGAUGGCACCACCACCACCGAGACCAAAACGGAGGUGGAGCCCACAAACUCAGAGACUGUCACAGAGGCGGUCACAGAGGCUGUCACGUCUCCACCCGAAGAGGCACAACCUGCCGGAGAGACCACAGAGAGCACAGAGCAGCCGGCCGAUGGCAAAGCUAAACAGGCCUCUGAGAAUAUUUUCUCUUCCUUCCUGAAUAAGAGUGGGCUGGGAAAAGUCAUGGGAGGGAAGAAGAAGAAGGAGCAGAGCACUGAGGCUGUGGAGGCUAAUGGAGAGGGCAACACAGAGCCAAAAAAGGCCUCUGACCAAGCAGAGGAGCCGGCAGCCAAUGGCACAGAGGCAGCGGCUGAGGACCAGGCCAUUGAAAAAGCUCAGGAGAAUCAGGUGAAGGUCCGAUCCAAAUCCUUGGACAGGUUGGAGGACCCCGAGGCCCUCAAUACCACAGUGGACCAACUGGACGAUGCCCCGGCAGCAGAAGAGUCAGAGAAGCCUGCCUCCAGUGCAGCGACCAAACACAUGAAACGCUGGCAUUCCUUUAAGAAGCUUAUGGCCCAGAAGAGUCACAAGAAGAGCACAGAAGAGUCUAAGGAGGCUGAGGUCAGCGAGGGUGCAUCUGGGGGCACACCUGGUGACACAAGUACACUGGACUCCAAGGGUUCAGAAUCCAGUGGCCAGAAACGGUGGAAACUGAAAAGGUCAUGGACAUUCCAGGGGCUGAAGAGAGACCCGUCAGUCGUAGGCAUCAGCAAAGCCGCUAAGGGCGAGAAGGCGGAAGGGGAGGAAAAUGCCACAGAGAACGAUGAAGCGGCUGCGCCUGAAACAGACGAAGCCAAGGCACAAGUAGACGGCGAAACACAGGAGAAGACCAACACAGACAGAGAGGAGGAAAAAGGAGCCACCGCCGCCCCACACAAAUCAAUGAACCAACACGCAGAUGAGAUCUGGACCUCCUUCAAAAAACGUGUGAUCCCCAAGUCCAAGCGGUCAGCAGACACGGUGGCUGCCAGCGGGGAGGAGGAAGGUGUUGCCGCAUCUGAACUGGCCGAGCAGACAGAAGAGGCAGGCAAAGAGCAGGUCAAGUCGGCCAAGGCCAAGCGAACGCACUUCAACCGCGCGGUUUCGCUGAAAAACUUCAUCAUGCGAAAGGGGAAGAGCACCAGCGAGGACCAGGGAGACGGAGCUCCGAAGGAGGGUGAGGAGGCAGCAGACGGGGAGGCGAAGGACACAGAGGGCGUGGCUGCCCCAGCUGACACGUCUGACAGCCAGCAGGGAGAAGCAGACGCUGCCCAGGGCGAGAGCAACGACAAAGGAGAGGCUCAGGUGGCCAAUGAGCACACAGCCGCAGACGGAGAGGCAAAGGAGCCCGCAACGAGCACACCGUCUGGUCCUGAGACAGAGAAGGCCAACUCAGCUAAGCCCGCAGCACCAGCAGAGCCCGCAGCAGAGGUGAAAAUCAACGGUGAGAAUGGGUGCUCGAACGGCACACCUGAAGAAGACGCCAUACACAAUCAUGAAACGACCCCGAAGAAAGAUGGACGAACAGACGAGGCCAAACAAGAAAACACCAACUCCAAGAAGGACGCCAAGCUCCUGAACCUCGGCACAGGAAAUGCAGUUGCCCAAAGUGGUGAGUUUGCAGCAGAAAUAGGCUGUGAUAAUGAUCUCCAACAAAAUGGAGCUAACGUGAUGACCCAGGCUAAAUUAGAACUAGGGACUAGCUUUGAGUUAGAGGCUGGGGGGGAGGGGCCUCCUCAAAAUGGAGGGUCCCAUUCUGAGUCAGGGGAGGCCAACACUGAGCCACAUGACCAAGAGGAAGCACGGAAGAGGAUGUUCUAUGAGGCUGCUGCAUCCAUCCUACAGACAGUUAUGUCAGCAGCCACUGAACAGUUAGAAAAUGAGAAUAACUUUCUGGACAAUGAUCUAAAGUGUUCUCAUUCUGCCAAUAAUGGGAAUUACCCAGAUAUUGACAUCAGCUUUGGUCAUUGAGCUUUUACAGUUAUGGUGCUGGGUGAAGCUUUAAGUGGAAGCGUAUUGUAGUUAUGUGAUACUGAAAUCAGUUCACCUACUUUGAUGCAACACUUUGAAAUCCCUUUAAGGACACUCAGCACUGCAGUAGGUAACAUGAAACAUGUAAAGAACCACUGAACCUAAGGAUUACUCAUAGGUAUCCAUGUCACAGCACACAAUAGGAAGGUCACUGUGUAUAACAGGGUCACUUCAUUAUUGUAGGGAAAGCGGGUCAAAGGACAUCAAUAAUGUUUAGUCAAUCAAAGGAUUAGGAGUCAAAUCAAAGUGUCACUUGGGCUGUCUAGGAACAAGAUCAAGCACCUUUCUCCCUGGGGUACCAGUUUAUCGAUGAAAGUAGUUUUUCCCGCACAUGUUUGAUUCACAGUUUUCAGUCAGGGACCAUGUCUACAAUAUUGUGAUUUACCCUAUGGAGUAAGUAGAAUAUGCUGUGAAUCUGUGUCCAAUAGUCUGAGUAAUACUAACACUUCACAAAGAUCUAAGACUAUCUGUCAGCACCAUGUCUGCUACUAAUUAAAACGUUUUCUAUGAAUGUUCUGAUUUAAAUAUAUAUUUUUAAUAUAUUCUAUCUUUUCUGUUAUCAUUCACCAGAAAAAAAGGCGGGAAACGUGUGACGACACACAAAGAGGAUUAGAUCUGCAUGGGAUUCGUUCAGCGAGGAGCUUUGAUCCCCCCCCAAACGGAGUAAUCACGUUUACGCCACGGUUCAUCAUGGUGAGAGCGAUGCAAUCCAUAUAGAUGAAAAAAUACUCAAAAGCAAUAAUUCAGUCAUCAAUCAGUGCAGUUCUUGCUUACCAUUCCAUGAUCAAUGUAAAUGUUUUGCUUGUCCUCUACUAGUGAGAUUUUAUAUUGUCAAAAGAAAGGAAGACAUUCCAUCCUUGUCAAAUGCUAAUCUCUAUGAUCUCUCAUUCCAGGAUCAAAAAGACUUAGUUUUAUAUCAUUUGCCAUUUUGUUUGUAGUUUUGUCAAUAGAUAUUUCAAAGUGCACCCAAGAACACAUUUGAAAUGAUAUCCCUAAAGACUGCCCCCCAAUGUGGAUUCAUUAAGUAAUGUGUUCUAAUCUCUUUCUGUGUUAAUGUUUUUAGACUGUUGUAUACAUGAAUAAACCACCAUAAAAUAUUAAGUCAAAAUGUUUUUUUUCUAUACACAUCUUCUCACUGUAACGCAGAUUGAUCUGCCGUAUUGAUAUGUUUUGUUGAUCAAUGAUGUCACAUGUUCGCUAGCAAAUUGUCAAAAAUUAAAACAAUAAAGAUUAAAAUCUAACAACUAAAGAACCAUAAUUGUGGAGGCUAUUUAUGCAUAAAAUGUUGAUGUACAGUACUUAAGAAGGCAUUAUGGAAAUGCUAUUUGUCAUUCAUCUCUAUUUUGAUAAUCCUACAUCAUUUUACAUAAUGGCAGAUUUGUACAGUAUGUAUUAGCUGAAGUACUUCAAUUUCACAAUUAAUUGCAUCAAGUGAUGUGCUCAUUCAGAGUAAAUUACUUGUUUCAGAAAGGCAUGUCUGCUAUAGUCAGUGUCACUGCCCUGGCAGUUGAGGGACAUGUCUGUGACCAUUCUGUAAAUACGCUUGAUACAGCACUAUUCAUGAAAUCACCACAAUACUGUUAUCUGUUAAAACUAAAUCUCUGGGAUUAAGUUAUUAUAGAGAUGACAGACAGUAAGAGCAUAUUAUAACUGAUAUUAACCCAACAUAAUAGAUACAUGUUAUUUGAAGUUAUAGGCUAGCUAAAAAUACACAAAAUGUGCAUAAAAUGAUAACCUGCAGUGACAGACAAAUACAGGUUGCCAUCAUUGAAAUGGGAUGUUACCCACAAGCCACAGCCAUCCCAGGAAUGUAGACCUCAUUCAUCUAAAGGUGUUCAUGACAUGGAUCAUUACAUAGUCAUUACAUUCCUGUUGUUCUGCCAAAUGACAAAUCAAUCAAUCAGGACAAAUAAAGGUGAUAUUGUUUUUGUAUGUGUGUUAGCAGUUCAUUUAUUAACAAACAAGCUCACAAUAUGACUUAAAGGUCU